GGCAUCCCAUUAGCAGCUAAUUUGCCGUCAUUGACCAGAGUCCAUCGAAAUUGCCGGCUAUGCGGGCGACGCGUGGCUCUAGCCGGCUAGUCGUCUCGCUACUGACGCUGCUCGCUCUCGUCAUCGUUUGGUUUGUCUUUCUUAGCGGCCUCUUAUCUUCCUCCUCCUCCUCCUCCUCCCGCUCCUCCCUGGCAAUCACGCCCAGCCCCGGUACUAGCAACGGCCCCGGCAAUCUCGAGGCCGCCAGGUCAUCAGACGAGAUUCCGCAGGCGCAGAGAACAGCCUUAUCGAGCUUCGCAGGCGGUUUCGCAAACGUCCCGAAUUUUUCGUCACAGGCGGAAUUUCGCAAGGCUGGCAGAUGGAGCCCAGGGACAGGCCUCAGGGGGGGAUCAAGUCUGGGCUCUCCCUCGGGAUCUCCGCUGGGGGAGGGUAUUUUCCCAAGCGGCACCCUAGAACGCGGCCUGCAGCCUCUUACCGCCAAAAACGGCGUUGAUCAUGGUGCUGCUGACUUGGAUGAAUUUGACUGGUCGAGAGCGAGUCAAUCCGUGCCGUGCGAUCUCUCGGACGCGCUUCAAUGGCAGCCGCACCUGCCGGCCGCGGUUCUGAGGCGGGCUCUGUCUUAUAAAGGGGAUAUGCUGCGGCUGGACAUGUUCCUGUACAAGGUGGUGGUGCAGCGCCUGCCAGUGACCGUGGCGGUGGUGGGGGGCCCGGUGACGUUCCUCUCUGCGGGGCACAGGGGGCCACAGCCAGUGCUGUUCAACCAGGGGCUGUACGGGACGACAGGGGAGAGGAGCCAUUCCCCUGCAGAGGGGUGGCUUUUCUCUGCCCUGGACACGCUCACUCGCUCCUUCCCGCCACGUCACCUCAAGCAGUGGCACCUGCCUGGCCAAUCGGAGAGCGGCGUGGUGGCGGAGCCCUAUUGGCUCAUCAACCUCGGCCUGCCACGUGGCAGCCUGGCCACGUGGGCGUCGUGUGACGGAGCCACUUUCUUGCAUUCCCUCCCUGAUGACGUGGAUCUGGUCAUUGCUGAGCUGGCGCUUUCCGACCAGGGCGAGAGCAACGGCCAGGGUCCCUCCUCCUUCCUUAAAGCAUACGACACCCUGCUGCAGCACUUACUGCACCGCUGGGGCUUUAAGGCGCCUCAGAACCCACCGCCAGUGCACAAGGGGAGGACGGAGGGGAACGGGCUGGGGAAAGCACAGUCAGUGGCGGGAGCAGCUGUGGUGCUGGUGAACUUCUUUUCUUUCUGCCGGGGCAACCAGGCGUGCAGGGAGACAGAGGACCCCUCUCUCUCAUACAACAGCAUCGGUCCGUUCUCCUUUGGCUUGCCGCCCCACCACCCCGCCUACCCACACUGGGCGCCUGAGACAGUAUCCGAGGACAACAUAACAGUGCUGGCUCAAUACUACAGCGUGCCGUCCCUGUCCACCCGAGAUGUGUUCUUCACCCUCGUCGGCCAGCAGGCAGCAGGCUAUCGACUGCAAGACAUAGUCACGACAGGCCCGUCCAACCUUCCGAUUAGCGUGGAUCCAGACACCCUCAUCGCUUCUCCUCCUCCUGCUGCUGCUGGAAACGAUGCCAAUUCUGGCGACUACGGAGGUGCCAGCAGGGCGGUUGACUCUGUUGACCCCAUUGACCCGCAUGCAUUGUCUGGGGCUCUGCCAACGGCGGUGCAAGCGAGGACCAAGUACGCUGACAUCAUCACCGCUCUCUUCCACUCGGCUUUGAAAGGUUUACGAGAUCGACUGACAGACCUCGACUCAGACAACGCCACUCUCUCCCUCUUGCCCUUCCUCCUCCGCCCCCCUCCGCCCUUCUUCUCCCGCUGGCUGCACUCCACUGCCGCCCGCGCCUUCCUCCGCCCCUCCCUGCCCCAUGCCUGCUUCUCCUUCCUCCCCCAAGCUGUUGCGCCACCCGUACUGGGCCUCAAGGGAUUUGGUCUGUUGCCAGUCGCACAAGGGCAUGGACGAGCAGGGCUGGUGGCAGGGGAGGAUGAUUCCUGGGUGGAGUUUCUCGUCAACACAGCCGUACCCCUUACAGCAAGCCCCGAUUCAAACAACCUGCAGCCCAUCCAGCUCACCACGAUCCCCACCGUCGUCGAGAUAUCCUACCUCGCUCACGCCAACGGGUCGUCCAUAUUCGGCAAGCUGCAGUGCGUCGAGGGCUGCAGGUGCACAGGCGUUGUGGUAACUGCACUCAGCGCGUCACCAGUGCCAGUGAAGGAGUCACAGCUGCUGCUGGUGUCACGGAGCCAUGCUUGUGUGGUGCGGGUGCAGGGAAGUAGAGGAUUCCAUGUGUUAGGGGUCACAGUGCAUUCAGAAGGUCAGCAACAGCAGGACCAGCAGACGCAUGCCAUGAGGCAGACCAUGUAACACUGUAAAUUGGUGCUUGGUUGUGGUAGCUAGCCACGCUCACCGCGUCACCGGCGCCUGUGAAGGAGUCACGGCUGCUGCUGGUUUCAAGAAGCGAUGCUUGUGUGGUGCGGGUGCAGGGCAGUAAAGGGUUCCAUGUGUUAGGUUUGGGGUCUCAGUGCUAAAUUAUAUUUGUUAUAUAAUUGUAGGCUUGGUAGGUGUUACUGAACUCUACUGUAGAGGGUACAAUCCCCUCCUUGUAUCCCUCUCUCUUUCUAGUU